UUAGUGUGCUUCAAAGGACUAUUUUGUUGAAAGAAAGGUAGAGAACUCUAUAGUGGUUAUAGUCAUGCAAAUAAUGCCUUGAGCUUAAUACAAUCAACCUGGUAUUAUACAGAUUGACUUCCAUUCCUAAGAGAUGUCCUGCUAUGACCUGUGCCCCACCAACAUCGGUGGCAUCAGCCGUCCCCAGCCCAUCGCUGACAGCGGGAAUGAGCCAUGCAUCCGGCAGUGCCCUGACUCCACAGCUGUGAUCCAGCCACCUGCUGUUGUUGUCACCUUCCCUGGUCCCAUCCUCAGCUCCUUCCCCCAGGAUUCAGUUGUGGGAUCCUCCGGAGCACCUGUCCUUGGGGGCUCCUCCCUGGGCUACGGAAGGUCUUCCCUGGCUUCACUACAUUUUGACCCGGUGUAUUACCAGCAGCUUAGAGCUCUGUGUCUGCUGCUCCUGAUACUGAACAACAGUUAUUUCUUCAAGGGGACAGCGAUUAUUCCUUUCUCACUGGGACAGAAAGGGCACAAGAAGGAAAGUCAGCUACUGGGGAUGUCUGAGCAAUAG